CGAGCAGCGCGUGUACACAGAAGUUGAUUUUCGGGAAUGGCCGAACGGACUAAAUCUGAACCAAUCACAGACAACUAGGCGAUCUCUAUAGUUCAUCAUGUUCUGUAAAUCUGAUCAAAGAAUAGGAAUUCGUGCCCAAGCGUGGGUGUAUGUUGUGGCAGUAGUGUAGUUAUUCUCCUCGAUCGACUGACUAAUAGCUAGGCUACUUUAUAAUAUGGACGUUUACAAAUACCCUGUUUUCUUCGAGUGCCAGACUCUGGACACAUCACAGAAAAAUAAGAUAAAAAAGUACUUUGAAAUUCAACGUAAAUCCGGUGGCGGAGAUUGUGGACCAGUAGAAUCAGUUGGUGACAAAGUUUACAGGGUUGCCUUUAUUUACCGGACAGUCCAGGAGAGAGUACUUCAGAAACCUAAUCAUGUGUUGGAGAUGCCUGGAGGACCUCUCUCCCUCACUCUGAGAGACAGCCUGGAGACUCCACCCACAACAACCUCCCCAGUCAGCAGUCAGGUGAGUCACCAGUCCCUCCCAUUCUAUCCCUCAGUCCCUGUCCAGACAUCGCCACCUGGUGGCCUAGAGCAUGAACUCCAUCUAGACUCCUACCUCCUGAGAUACCUGAAGGAGAGCCCUGGGGCUGUAAGAGACCUGCAGCAGCAGCUGUCCUCUCUGGGCUGCUCUGUCCACCUCCAUCCAGAGGACGGGACGGCAGUGGUCAGAGGCUCAGGCCAAGCUGGGUCAUGUGGAGAUGGGGUUGGGGUGGGACCAUGGAAGGCACAGGUAGAGAGACUGUUCAAACAGCUCCAGGAUCGGUACAAAUGCCACUACGAGUUAGACCCACGUAAGCUCCAGACUCUGCUGCAGAGCAGUACCCAAGGUUUGGAGGAUGUGAGGGUUUACUGCGAGGCAGGGGAAGGGUUUGCAGUGGUGGUUGGGGAGGGGGCCAAGGUCCAGACCAAACUGAAGGAGCUGGAGGCCAUCCAGUCUCAGGGUCUGAGCUCCAUGAAGCAGGAGAAGAUCAGCACCACCUGUCAACUUGGACAGUCCAAGCUCCGUCUUCUAGGGAAAGUGAUAGAAAAGGAUCUAGGUGAGGCUGCUCCAGGGGUGAAGGUGACGCACGGUGAUUCAUCUCAGCUGGUGCUGGAGGGUUCAGCAAGGGAAGUCUGGACAGCCAGACAGUUGGUUACAGAUAAAAUCUCUCUAGUGCUGGAGCGGAUGGUGCCUGAGGUGUCCCUCCACCUCCUGUCCUUCCUGAGAGAGGAGUAUGGGAGGCCUGGGAACCUGAGCAGUCUGCUGGGGUUGGGACACCAUGUGGAGGUAGAGCUGGGGGUUACAGAGCUCUGUCUGUUCUCCCUCUCCUCUGGGAAACUGGACCAGGCUGAGAAGGAUCUACUGGGGGAGUUUGGCGAGGAGAAGAUUGACGUGCCCAAAGGUGCCUUCCAGUCUGAACUGAAGUCCAAACUUGAGAAUAAGGUGAAGGAGAUGAACCAGAGCAGACGCAGGGUGGUAGCCAGGUUUGGUCCUGGGUGUAGAGUGCAGCUGCUGGGCCACCUGAAGCAGGUUCAGGAGCUGAGGGAGGAGAUUGGGGCCUUUCUGAGAAACCAGUCCAGUGUAAGAGUCUUGGGACGCCCUCAACAGAACCAUGGUGGCGCAGUCGAAUCAGGCGCCGGACCAAGACGUGAGGAGACGGUCACAGCCACCAGCUAUCGCCUCCAGGGGGGGCUGCAGGUAGUUGUUAGUCAGGGUGACAUCACCAAGGAACGGGCAGACGCACUGGUGAACUCAGCGACUGAGGGUCUGGAUCACGCUGGGGGCGUGGCUGCAGCUCUGAGCCAGGCGGGGGGGCCUGAGGUACAGCAGGCCAGCAGGGAUCUGGUUAGGCAGAUAGGGAGAGUACCCACAGGUACAGUGGUAGAGACCACAGGAGGGAAGCUGCCUUGUAAGAUGCUGCUGCAUGCAGUGGGACCAGUAGGUGGCAGCGUCAGUGGAAAUGAGCGCCCUCUGCUGGAGAAGACAGUAAAAGCAGCCCUGGAUCUGGCAGAGACCAUGGAGCUCCAGACCCUGGCCAUGCCCUGCAUCAGCUCAGGGAUAUUCGGCGUUCCUCUUAAGGUGUGUUCUGAGGCCAUAGUCUCUGCAGUGAGGGACUUUGGGAGGAAACAGCACAUCCUUACCAAGGUCACUCUGAUUGAUGUGAGUGGAGAGGCAGUGAGAGCCAUGCAGGAGGCCUGUGAUAGGCUGUUACAGGGGAAGAGGGAGUUUCCUGGGUGGGAGGUAGAGUCCAGCACCACCACUACCACUACACAUGCUCCUCAGAGAGACACCACUGCUGCCUCCACCAGGGGACCAGCCGCACCAGAGGUCUGUGUCCAGGUGGAGAUCAUCCAGGGAACCAUAGAGAAGCAGCAGGUGGAUGCCCUGGUGUCCCCCAUGGUUGGUAGUGACCCUCUCUCCUCCCGUGUUGGUAAUGUCUUGUUGGAGGCAGCUGGACCGGCGCUGAUGACAGCGUUUCUGAGGGAAUCAGGGGGACGGACUGCAGCUGGUGACAACAUUCUGGUGGAGGGACUGUCUGGUCUCAGCUCUGGCCGUGUCUUCUUCCUCAGCUGUGCACACUGGGACAACAACCCCCAAGGACCAGCAGUACAGGCUCUGAGGCAGGGUGUGAGGAAAAUCCUGACCUCUUGUGAGAACCGGGGCUUCUGUUCCAUUGCGUUCCCUGUAGUUGGAACUGGUGUGGUUCUGCAGUUCCCUCACAACGUGGCAACGCAGGUUCUGCUAGAAGAGGUCCGUAGGUAUGAGCAGAACCGAGCGAGCAGAACCCCCUUCCUUGUCCGCAUUGUCGUCCAUCCCAAUGACAGAGAUUCUACCAAGGCUUUUCAGACUGCCCAGAAUGCUUUGCAUCUCACAGGGUUCGUAUUCGGCGCUCAAGCAGCGCAAGACAUCAGGAUUGUGCUGCUGGGGAAAACCGGAGGAGGUAAAAGCAGUGCUGGAAACACCAUCUCCGGACAAGAUGAUGUGUUCCUCUCAGACAGUUCCUCCACCUCCUCAACACAAAUAUGUAAAGCUCAUAACAAGAACAUCAAAGGGAGAAACAUCACCCUGAUUGACACACCUGGAUUCUUUGACACUGACAUCCCUGAAGAGGAGCUGAAACCUAAAAUAGUUAAAUGUAUAACAGAGUGUGCUCCAGGACCACAUGCCUUUCUCAUUGUACUGAAAGUGGAACGGUACACAGUCCACGAGAACGAAGCCGUGGUGAAAAUCGAGACAUAUUUUUCACCAGAGGCCUUUAAAUAUGCCACAGUCCUCUUCACUCAUGGUGACCAGCUCAAUGGUUUGACCGUUGAGAAGUUUGUCCAACAGAAUGCUGAACUGAACAAGCUUGUGGAGAAAUGUGGAGGCCGAUGUCACGUCAUCGACAACAAAUACUGGAACACCAAUCGGCAGGGUCGGUACAGCAACCAGUACCAAGUAGCAGAGUUACUCAACACCAUAGAGAAGAUGGUGAGAGAUAACGGAGGAGGAUGCUACACCAGUGAGAUGCUCCAAGAGGCAGAGAGAUUAAUACAAACUGAGAUAGAGAGUCUUAGGAAGGAGUCAAAGGGAAAGAUGUCACAGAAAGAGAGGAAACAGGCUAAAGAAAGUGUGUGGAAGAAACUCCUGAUCAAAUUCUCAGGUAUACUGUACCAACAGGUGUAGUGCAGUGGCGGUCAGUGCCGUUUAAGAUGAGGGAGGACGAUUAUUUUUCAUGAGCAUUUCCUUAUUUCUAUUAGAGCAUAUUGGAUGACUGUCAUUCAUAUUCCAUUCACCCUGUUCAAUGUAACAGCGAUAGGUUUAGGCUACUACAUGAUACUCACAUUUUCCCUAUACCUAUCAGGAGUUUGCUGCAACCUAGCCUAUGAAUGAAAGUUUACAACGUAGGUGCACAUAGGUCGAGAGACAAAUUUGAGGUGACAGACAGUGACAUUCAAUACCACCUUGCACACUCUUGCCUGCAUCUAGCUGAUCUAGGUUGUAAUCGUUAGUCCAUCAGUUGCAAACGAGAGUUUCUGUUGGACAAAUUAACGUAUGUUUAUCCCCAUUUUGUUCCAUUUGCUUUCGUUUAAGAAACAAUUUAACAGAACUGGCGGAAUGAAUACACCCCUGAUCACUCGUAAACACACAGCAACGUUGUAUUCCUCCUAACAUCCAUGUGCUCUCCUCCUCUCACCUUUUCCCUUCGCUUGUGGACUUCAGUGCACAACACAUGAACUGUAUGUGGCCAGGCGGAAAAAACUUUUCCAGCCAAACCGCUUCACACAGCCUACAUCGUUGUCACCAUAUUAGCUAAAGUAACGUCAGUCAGCAUAGCUAAUAUAACUAACGCGUUAGUAGACCUGCUACAAUCAUGCAGUAACUUUACAGUGUAUAGUCAGUAAGAAUUUACACCAGCUUGGUGGCAAUACAUUUAUAAAACCAAAAGCUUACCUUGACUUGGAAGAGUUCUAGCCACUUUAAUAAUAAACAAUUGGAUGUAAUAAAUGUCACUUUAAACAAUGCCACUUUAUAUAAUGUUUACAUACCCCACAUUACUCAUCAAAUAUGUAUAUACUGUACUCUAUACCAUCUACUGCAUCUUGCCUAUGCCGCAC